GCCUAGAGAUAUUACUAGGGAAUAUAUGUUCUACACAAUGUGCUACAUAUAUACCAUAUGUACAGAGGCUUCAGAAGUUGCAACUCAGUUCAGCUGCCUAUAUGCCAAAGCAUCCAACUCGCUCGGGUUUCUGACAUUGAGCUGUCUGCAAGAUCCGUUCCGAAGACAUUACCAACCCAACCACAGCACCUGAAGUUGGACAUUAGUCAGAAGUACAGCUAAGACGAGCACAACCGAAUCUGGCGGCUUGAGUUCUAAACAACAGGAAACACUGAGAAUUGCGAAGAAUCUGAGAUGGCUUAUGCAAGCCCUGGCACUGAUACAGAUCUAGAUACUGACGAGAAGAAUCAAAUGCUAGAACUAGGACAGCUUGCUUCCCUUACAGCUUCUGGUUCUGGUGACAAAUCAAAGGACAAGCUAGGUCAGAAGGCACUCCGCCGUCUGGCCCAAAACCGUGAAGCUGCUAGGAAAAGCCGUCUAAGAAAGAAGGCAUAUGUCGAGCAACUUGAGAAUAGCAGGCUGAAACUUGCUCAACUGGAGCAGGAACUCCAGCGUGCUCGCCAACAGGGCAUUUUUAUUCCUAAUCCGGGAGACAAGCCUCAUUCAACUGGUGAAAAUGGAGCUUUGGCUUUUGACACGGACUAUGCACGAUGGCAAGAGGAUCACAGCAAGCAGAUAAAUGAACUGAGGGGUGCUCUCAACUCACAUGCCGGCGAUGAUGAUCUUCGGCGUAUUGUUGAUAGCAUCAUGGCACACUACGGCGAAGCUUUCAGGCUUAAGGGUGUAGCAGCCAAGGCAGAUGCUUUCCACGUGCUGUCAGGAAUGUGGAAGACCCCUGUCGAGAGGUGUUUCCUGUGGUUAGGUGAAUUUCGACCGUCAGAGCUUCUUAAGCUGCUUGCAAGUCGUUUGGAACCCCUUACUGAACAGCAGCUUGCAAGCAUAUGCAGCCUGCAGCAGUCCUCGCAGCAAGCUGAAGAAGAUCUUUCCCAGGGGGUGAAAGCACUGCAACAGUCGGUCGCGGAGGCCCUCGCUCUAGGAUCGCCGUGUCCCGCAGGUUCUUCUGGUAAUGCCGCAGAUUGCUCGGGGCAGAUGGCAGUGGCAAUUGGGAAGCUUGGCACCCUGGAAAACUUCCUACAGGAGGCUGAUAAUCUGCGGCUCCAGACUCUGCAGCAAAUUCAGAGUGUGUUGACCACCCGGCAAUCUGCACGAGCGCUGCUUGCGAUCAGUGACUACUUCUCCCGGCUACGCGCUCUGAGUUCUCUCUGGAUUGCUCGUCCACGGGAGUGAAUUCAGUUGGCUCAUCAGUUGGUCAUGGAGUGGGCACGUCAGUGCGGCAAAGGCGGAGGCGCUACGGUAUCCGACAUCUUCAAUAAAUCUUGCUUGUGAACAAGGAAUUCAGUCAUUCAUUUCCCCGUGUACCAACUAUGUGAAACGGGAACGUAUAUCAACAGACAACAGUAGAUACGUCGAUACGGGUCUACUGAAUGAAGGAGCUCCGCUCGUUGGUACUUGGUGAUGCCUAAGAGUGGUAAAGCACUUUAACAUUUGACUUAGAUUAGACUUAGAUAAUCUAAAGGUCGGAUUAAAAAA